AUGGAUAUUGAGCUGGAGGAUAUCAAAUUAUUAUUUGAAGAAACUUCAAAAAUCUCCGCUGCUGCUGCCGCUUCUUCGAAGGCCACCGCCAUCGCUCCUCCACAGAUCGCUGCUCCUCCAAAGACCGCCGCUCCUCAGCAGAUUGCCGCUUCUUCGCAGGCCGUUGCCGCCGCUGCUCCUCCGCAGAUCGUCACUCCACAGAUCGCCGCUUCUCCGCAGAUUGCCACUCGUCCGCAGAUUGCCGCUCGUCCUAAGAUCACCGCUCCUUCGCAGACUGUCACUCCUCCGCAAGUCACCAAUACUGCCAAUCUUCCCGAGAUCGUUGCCACCGUCGCCGCCGCCACUCCUUCACAGAUGGCCGCCGCUCCUCGAUCUCAUGUUCCUCAAACAUACAAAAUUCCACGGCACAAAAUGAGAGGCACAAAAGGUGGAAUACGCCACAAGUCAUCGAGGAAUUUCUUUGAAUUUAUAUUUCAAAUGAGCGAUAUCAACGACAUUAUGAAAGAAGACGAGGAACCCAGAGAGGAGAAAGAAGAGGAGGAAUAA